CUCUCGUCACGCAGUAGCUGGGCCUUGCCAAGCAACGCUCUCAUGGCCUCCGCUCAUCACGAAAUAGAGAUUCGGGCUACCCCGGAUUCACAAUCUGGAAGAGCAAGCUCUCACAGCUAUGCAACCUCCGGAAAAAUGGUCGUUCUUAGGAAGCAGCCACUGAAAGCAACAUCAUCGCCGUCUACCGAAGCGGGGCAGGUGUUGAAACCGCCAAUUGGGCGCUUCGUCAUCAAUGUCUCUUUACAGGUCGCCGGAAUAAUUGCUGCGGUUGCCUUCGGAGUCUUUGCUAUCAAGGCGGUGACCGUUGGAAAUCAGGCCAAUGGAUAUGCCAGUCAAGCAAACGGAUAUGCCAGCCAAGCCAUGGAGUUGGCUAAAAUGGCGAAUCAGCUAACAUUGCUCACGCUCUGUUUGACGAGUAACUCGUCCGCGGAUGUUGAUCAGAUCUGCUCGCCCGUGGUAGACCGUGCGAUCUCGAUGCUACCCGACACCGUGUCCUCCUUGUUUUCUCUAUCGAUAACGUCGCACACUACUAGCGCAACCACGUCUAGUACAUAUUCAACUCAAAGUCCCAGUACCCGGAGCGGCUUCAACAAUACUUAUAGCAAAACUACUUUUAGCACUAUAGCCAGUUCCAGCACUGCAACCACUUCCAGCACCAGGUACUAUACUUCUUUCCCCUCUGCCACACCCUCAGGUCCCAAGAGCAAGCCUGCGUCGAGUCUAAUAGGGGGGAUCACUGGGGCUAUCGCGUGUUUCGCCGUGAUAUUAGUAGCCAUAUCUAUCGUGUACAGAUUGCGUACCCAUCGAAAGGAGGCUGCAGAGGGAAGACCGGAGGAAAAACCGGAGAAGCCACCAGCCGCGGAGGAUACGCCGGCACCUGUGGAAGGGACGGAGGAUACUCCUGUGACGAAACAAAGCACCUUCGCCAAAGAAUUCCGAAGACUAUUCGUCGACACACGGGUGGUCCCUAUUGAGUAACAGGCGACAGAAGAAAGCUGUUUAGGGAAGAGAAAGCUUACUUUACAAUGGAAUUCUGUUCAUGGCGAAUAAGAAACAUUAAGCCACCAUAUAUGUCAACAACUCUCUAAGCCAAACCUAUUACAUACACAUUGCGAUUAUUCAGCAGGAGACUGUUCCCUGACGUAAGGGUAAUUAGCCACUGGGUUCUUUUAUAACAGGCAAGAAUAGAAAGUCAAGCUUCAAUCUAGCCUUU